CGCCAGGCAUGCCGGUCCCCUCGCUCUGCCAGCCAUGCAGAAUUUCCAUCCCACACCUGUAUCUCCUCGCUCCACCGGACCUACUCGAUCUCGUUCUUGUCCUCUCUGCCCUGCUUCUCCUCCUUCCCCUCAUUGAUCUUCCUGCUCGCCUGCCUGCGAGAAUCCGCAGCAGAGACGGUCAGCUGUACAUACUCAACCUCAGCUGGAUACUUCAGCGAGAGCUCUUGUCUGAAUGGUUCGACGACUGUCCAGUACUUCAAGGUAACAGGAGUCAUCCUCGCUGACUUCAUGACCGGAACUCGACAGGUUGCGAUUCAAGCUCCCGCGCAGCAAUCGUACACAACGCUGAUCUCACCAUGUACCUCUCGCUCUUUGCUGCAUCCUCUGACCUUGCUUCGUCUCCAGCGGAUGCUACAUGCUCAGGUCAAGACUCGCAGUUCGUAUGCACCGCUCCAGUGAACAACAUUGUGAGCUACCAAGUGUACGUGGGAGAAGGGUGCCUGCCGAACAGCAACAACAACAACUGGGCUGACAUGAGCAACAGAUUCUCAAAACAGAUCACGAUUUGCAAGCCGUGUCGCAGAAACAACUACUGGAUAGGAAUCAAGCUCUUGGAUCCAACAAUGAAUUGCAACUUUAAGCUUUAUGUGCCGAAGCUAGUGUGAGUGCGGUUCUUUACUUUGAAAGCGCCUUUGACUGCAGGAGAAGGAAAGACGCAGGUUCUAGUACCACGUGCUCCUUUUUAUCCUCAACCACAGAUCAAG